UUUCGAGCGCGUUAUGCGCAUUUCUUUUGGUUGAUGGCGUUGCUUUACUAGCCUACUUCCGGGCGUAGUUCUGCGAUUGUAGUACAAUAUUAUGAGUCAGUAGGUAGGAUAUUUUUGACCGCAAAUAUUAGACUGAUUCUGUAACUUCAUAAACCACUCCCACACGCCAGCGCGUCGGUCUGUGGGUUCAAAUAUUGUUCUAGACUACGGUAUCGUUAUUUCAUCUCGGAGCAUUUUAUUAGAAGAACCAGAGAACUGGCGCAGCCUCAUUUGAAAAAACCCAAGUUUACGGGGAAGAGCAACAUGGCAGAUUCGCCAGAUGAUUAUGGCACCCUGGCAAAAGGAACAAAUAUUAACAUCCGGAGAAGCAAUGGUCGUGUUCACAAGUCAAUAAUCACAACUCUUGGACCACCUGGCUUAGUUACUGUAGAAUGGUAUGAAAAUGGACAAACAAAAGGCAAAGAGAUUGAACUGGAAAGUGUAUUUGAAUUAAAUCCAGAGUAUAUGAAUGAGAGUGAAGAACAAAAGCCUACCAGACCUACAACACGGAGUGAAGCUAAAGCAGAUUCUCGUCGUACUCUCUUACCAGCACCUAGUCGUCCAACUCGUGUCAAGAGAGAGACUAGAGUUCCACAACCUUGCUCAGAAGCUCCCACACCAACUGCAGCCCCUCCUUCUGUUAUGGAACAAAAUGUCAAUGCUUCCAAAGCAUCGGCCGCAACGGAGAUGCCACCACCAAAGGCACCCACGAGACCUCGUCGUUCAACCGUUGUUGAUCAAGUUGAAAAAAUCAGUCAAAAAAGAGAGGAACGUAGGGCGGCACAAAUAAAAGAAAGAGAAUUGAAAAAACAAUUUUACGAUCCAAAUAAUCCAAUGUGGGAAUUUGCUAUUAUGGUCAGAGAAUACAGAGAAAAUCUUGAAAUGCAACCACUGGCACCUGGAGAUCCUGUUGUAGAUACAAGAAUUUGUGUCUGUGUAAGAAAACGACCAUUGAAUAGAAAAGAAAUUUCUCGCAAGGAGAUUGAUGUCAUAACUAUACCAAGCAAGGAUAUACUUUUGGUGAGUGAACCAAAGACAAAGGUUGAUUUGACUAAAUAUUUAGAAAAUCAGAAAUUUCGAUUCGAUUACGCAUUUGAUGAAACAUGCAGUAAUCAACUUGUAUACAGAUACACUGCUAGACCAUUGGUUCAUUGUAUAUUUGGUGGAGGAAUGGCAACAUGUUUUGCAUACGGUCAAACUGGGAGCGGAAAAACACAUACAAUGGGUGGAGACUUUACAACAGGAAAAAUGCAAGAUGCAAGCAAGGGAAUAUAUGCCUUAGCUGCUCAAGAUGUUUUCCAUCUUCUGAAAUCACCAAGUUAUCAACAUCAUAAUUUCACUGUGUAUUGCACUUUCUUCGAAAUAUAUAGCGGAAAGGUUUUUGAUCUUCUCAAUAAGAAGGCACGCCUGAGAGUGUUGGAGGAUAGAAACCAACAAGUUCAAGUUGUUGGAUUAGUGGAAAGACAAGUUUCAAAUAUGGAUGAUAUUUUACAAUUAAUUCAAGAAGCAUCUAAAUGCAGAACAUCAGGUGUUACAUCAGCAAAUCAACAUUCAUCCAGAUCGCAUGCUGUUUUUCAAAUUAUUUUACGCGAGAAAAAACGUUUGCAUGGAAAAUUUUCACUUAUUGAUCUUGCAGGUAAUGAAAGAGGAGCAGAUACAAUGAGUGCUUCAAGACAAACAAGAAUUGAAGGAUCAGAAAUCAAUAAAAGUUUAUUAGCUUUGAAGGAAUGUAUUCGAGCAAUGAGCAAAAACCAAGAACAUCUCCCUUUUCGUGCGAGUACUUUAACUCAAGUACUGCGAGAUUCUUUUAUCGGUGAAAGAUCAAGAACCUGCAUGAUUGCAACUGUUUCACCUGGAAUUAACUGUUGCGAACACUCACUCAACUCUUUGCGAUAUGCUGACAGAGUGAAGGAACUACCAGCAAACAACGUUAAUGAUGGUCAACCCCAACAAAUACAAAGAAACGGACAACUACCAGAUUUGAAAGAAAUAAAGGAAGAAUCUGGUUCUUUCUCAACCCAUCAUCAGAAUGGCUUGCAACCUUCACCUAUGUCUCCUAAUCAAAGUGAUCUAGCUAUUCUUGCAGCAUCUGUACCAACAAAUGAAAUAUCACGAGAAAUGCUCGAGAUUCAUCAAACUGUUUCUACCCUUCAAGAAAAAGAGGAGGAAGCUGUGGAAGGCCAUAGAAAAUUUAUUGCGGAAAUUAAACAGCAAGUCCAAGCAUUCGAAAGACUUCUUGAACAAACAGAAGAAGUCGAAUUUGAUGGUGAACAAUAUCAUCAACAAAUAUCCGAUCAAAUGGAAAAUGCUUGCGAUGUUUUUACAGAAGAAAUGACAGCUCUGUCAGAUAAAUUCACAGCAUACAAAAAUGCGAUGAAUGAGGAAGAAAAAUUUUCCAAGCGCCUUACUGGGAAAGGAAAAUAACAACGGCAUAACAAACUAUUGUUAGCAGGAGAGGAAUAUUUAUUCAAAGAACUUUUUCAACAAAUAGCAGAAUAAAUUUAUUUUUGUAAAGAGUAAAACUGCAAUACGCAAUUCAUAUAGAAUUUUAUAAAUUAGGAUCACAACAACUAUGUUGGCUUUCUGCAUAUUUAUAUCACCAGUAUUUGGUUGCAUACACUCUAAUACUGUACCACAAGGUAGUGUGUUGAAGCAGGUUGUGGCAUGCUUUUUAUAUGAGGUUAUGUAUGGGCCUUUGAUAUGACGCUUGGUAUUUUCAUAAUCCAUGCUGACACAGCGAAAUAAAAUUGUGAUUUGUGACGUAAUGAUAAGUUAAGCUAAGCAAUUCCGCAUUACGUGACAUCAUAGCAGGAUUCUGUUAUAUAAUGUUAUUUUUACUGUGAUAUGUUCGGUGUAGCUUUUCUGAAGAAAAACUAUAUGUUAAAUUUACUUAAUUUUACAAAGUUUAUUUGUGCAUUGUACAUGCAACGCUGAAAUUGCUCUGGACUCGAUAAAUACUUAUUCAUUCCAAAGUAAUUAAAAAUGAGUUUAUUAAAAUUAUAAGUGGCCAUUACUUUUACACAAGUGCUCAAAUUUUCCAAAAUCUUAUAACUUUUGCAUGCCAUGUAAAUUAAACUUUCAAUAGAAUAAUUGUGCGGCAUGAAUCAUCUGCUCGAUAAUUUGCACACCAUUCAAUUGUAUAUGUGAGUUUCUUUGCUUCUGUUUUCUAUUAUGAGUGUUGUGGACUAUUUUUCUUCAUUUCUACGUAUGAGUGACAAGAGGUGUCAGUGGCCGAGAGGUCUUGUUCCAUUUUGAUGCGUUUGUUUUCUUUUCACAAAGUUGUAGCAAUUUUAUCUACAAUGGUUUCCAUGUCAGAAAGUAUUUAAAUGUAGAAUUCUAAAACCUUUCUAUUUACUUUGUUUCGAAUAACAUUGGCAAUCUGCAUAUCUCAUCUAUGUAGCUCAAAUAAAUUCACUUCAUAUUAUCAAAAUCACGAUAGCAAACUAAAGUUCAUGAACCAUUCAUUUCUGCUGUUGCUUUUCCAGGCAUGGUACUGAUAUAAGCUAAACAAAUUUUUCCAAAUACGUUUGAUUGCAGCUCUUUCUUAUAUUUAUUGGUAUGGUUCUGUAAGAUUUGAUUCGCGUGUAAAAUAGAACAUUACCGGUACAUUAGGUUAAGUUCAGAAAAUCUGUAAUGUGCACUUCACACUUUUCGGCCAUAGACAUCUCUCUUGUAUGUAACCAACUCUAUUUUCGUUUAUUUUUUCUACCUACCACAGAGUUCUUUGAUCUUCUUUCCUAGUUCCUUCAAAUUAUUAUUGGAUUCCAGUCCAGAUUCAUAUACUUCUUGGGUGUAUUUUACCUUGUCGUUUAUGAAUGAUUUUCAAUCGUAUUGCAAAGUAGUUUGCUUCAGUAUCCAACUAAAACGUUAAGACAAGAUUGUUCUGGUUGGUUUACUAUUUUACAAUUAUAAAAAGUUGAAUGACGCAUGUAUUUGAUCCUAUUUCAUUCCCUAAAAAUGAUUAUUUUUUCCCUUUGAAAGUAUCCUGAAUAAUUCUAUUGGUGUGUUUGGACAUCUCCCGAAUUCUACUUUUUGUGUAAUAUAUAAUUACAUUGUGAGGCAUAGACUAAUAUUUAUGAAGUUUAUCCAAGUAAAUAGACUUGAUACAUACCCACACUGGUUCACCCACCAUAAGUAUGUCCCUAUUCUUUUUUCGCUGUUGAAUUUCAAAAAAAAAUGAUGCAAUUUUGCUGAAUAUGGUGCUAUUGUGUCAUAAUUUAUGGUGUUCAGUUGGUUCAAUUAUCAUUAUUCUUUUCUACUUGUUAUUAUUUUGUACCUCACUUGAUAUCCUGGCUUUUUUAUUGUUGUUCCUGUCUUGUGCGAUGGCUAAAUGUGUUCGUGCAUUGGUCAAAAAAGCAUUAUUGUUUAUUGAAAAUGAAUAGAAGUGAAAAUACCAUCUA